AUGAGUGAGGUGAGGGAGGGUGCUGGUCCUGUGAAAGAGCGCUCCAGUCUGAGCCAGCAGCACCGCCUGCGCGUGCAGCACCUUUCUCCUGAGGACGCGUGCCAGCACUUCUGGAGCUUCUGUCUGUGUGAGGCACCUGGGCCUGGAGAGGCUGUCAGCCAACUUCAGGAAUUAUGCCAUCAGUGGCUGAGGCCAGAUAUCCACUCAAAAGAGCAGAUGUUGGAAUUGCUGGCGCUUGAGGUGUUCCUCAACAUUCUGCCCAAGGAAGUCCAGAAUUGGAUACGGAAGCAUCAUCCACAGAACAUGAGCCAGGCUAUGGCCCUGAUAGAAUACUUACAGAGAAGGUUCGAAAUAACGAAUGAGGUCACAUCCCAGGAGCUAAGAAGAACGAUGGUAGUGCUCUUAGGUGGCGCUGCGGUGACCCCCGGCUUCAUCCAGAUGCCUGUGCAACCCCAGCUGAGAUGCUUGUUCCAGACAGAAAGGCGCAAUAAAUGCUACAUGCUACAAGAACGACUGGGCUGGCAUACUCACAAAGAGGUCCAUCUCAUGUAUGAAAGAGCCCUGCAAACUCUACAGAUCUUAGGCGUUACUGGGCCGAAAAGGACCGAACAUCAGGAGAUGGCCUCUGAGCACCUGCUCGAGUCCCAGAGUCUGUUGACAUUUGAAGAUGUGGCUGUGCAUUUCUCUGAAGAAGAAUGGCAAUUACUCGACCCUAAUCAGAAGACGCUCUACAAUGAAGUCAUGUGGGAUAUCUGUGAGGCUGCCUCAUUUGUAGGAUUAAAGUUCAAAAAUGACACCGGAAAUGCUGAGCCUAGUUCUGUUUCGGCAUUAGAAAUACAAGCAGCAGAACGCCAAGGAUCAAAGACCAGAAAGAAUGUUGCUCGGAAAAGAAAAGCCAAAGAAAAUCACAGUGAUACACACAGGGUAGAGGACCAGGGUCAAGGUAUUCUGAGAAAAAAUAGAAAGACACCUUCAACUAGUGAAGAAAACCUCCCAAAACGUAGGGCUUGUCAGAGGAAAGGUCACACAGGGGAUAAACGUUUUAAGUGUCAGGAAUGUGAAAAAUGUUUCAGAGGUAGUUCUGACCUUGUUAAGCACCAGAGAAUUCAUACUGAUGAGAAGUCUUACAAGUGUCCACAGUGUGAUAAGAGGUUUAGAUGGAGUUCAGGUAUUACUAAGCACUUCUUCAUGCAUCAAGGAAUAAAACCAUUUAGUUGUUCGUGGUGUGGAAAAAGCUUCAGUCAUAGAAGAAAUCUAUGCUUACACCACAGAAUUCACACAGGAGGGAAGCCUUUUAAGUGUCAUGAAUGUGGAAAAGGAUUUAUUCAGAAAGCACACCUUCGUAAACACCAGGAGACUCACUCAGGUGAGCCGAGUUUUACUUGUUCCACUUGUAUGAGAAAGUUCCGCACACAGUCAAGCCUUGUUAGACACCAAAAGUUCCAUACAUGUACAGAAGGAUGCCCACAGUCUUCAGUCUGUGACAAGUCCAUAUAG